AUGUGCCGCCGCAGCAGCAGCCCCCCCCUCCGCACUUCUGUCACAGGGCCUUCCUCUCCGUCCCCCCCCCCUCCCAUUCCCUCCCUGCCCUCAUGUCGGGCGGCGAUCACGGCAGUGCCGGCGUCUCGCCUCCUUGCGCGCAUCCGCAUGUCCUCUACAGCUUCCUCCGCCUCUCUUCUACCUUGUCCAGCAUCCACGCCGUAUCCCACGCGCACGCGCGCACCGCACGUACUCUCGUCCUCCUCCUCCACAGCCGCGCCGCCGAACGCCGCGAAGACGCUAAAGCAAGCUGAUAUGCCGUUGCCGCUCAUGUCCUCGCUGUCAUCCGCCGCGGGCGUCGUGAGCAGUACCGCACCACCGGCCAGCGCGCCAGAACCUUCCUUCGCGUCUUAUGUGCUCGAGCGCGUCUCGCGCAACCCGUUCCUGAUAGGUGAGACGCCCCGCUCUCUGCGCCCCCCACCAUCGCAACCGGCUGCAACGGACGAUGCACCGUCGAUACCCAGCGCGCUGGAUGCAGCACAGCGCGCGGUGAUCGCGCAGGCAAGCACCUCUGGCGCAGCCGCGACGUCAAGCCCGGCGUCUGCGCUGGCGGUGACGGCGGUGCUGCAGCGGGCCCUUGUCGACGCGCCUCUGCUCCCAGUCGGCGGCUGUCACCUCCUGCACGAGCACGUCUGGACUCCCUUUCUCGCGAGCGCGGAGGCGGCGAAACAGGUGGGCUGCUACCGCAAGGCGCUGCAGCUGUACAAGGCGGGACAAGCAGAAUCCGGUACGGGCGUGAACGCGCCACUGCAGCAGCAGCAGCAGCAGCAGCAGGCAUCCCGCACGGAGGCGACGGCGUCCGCCCGUGAUGGAGCGCUGAGCAGCACAGCACGGGGUGCUGCCGUUGACUUGUUUGCUGCCUCCCCGCUUGCAACUUCGCCGACUGAUCACCAGCAGCGAAGUUAUCAAGGCGGCGUGGGUGUGCUCCAGACACCAGAAGAGCUGAGCCUGGCCUUGACUGAAGAUGCCCUGCAGGCAAACAUGGACCAGGCGCUCGCGCGACUGGUGGGGUCUCGUGAAGAGCUGCAACGGGGCUUGGCGAAGCUGCGCCAGCUCUUGGAUGGCCUGCGCGCGUACGACGCGGUGCCGUUCGAGGAGCUGGCACAACAGGAACAGGCGAAGGUACGUCGCCUCUUCGCACCUGUAGCAGCGGCGGCGGCGGAUGGCAGUGCGCGUAGCAACACCAAUACAAGUAGCAGCGGCGUCGUUCUCGCGACGGGCGCUGCUGCCGCCGUGGAACGGGGUGCGCCAGCAGUGCUCGGUGAAGCAAACACACUGGCGAAUCGAAAGCGGUCACGUGAGGCGUAG